AUGAGUGGAAGCGGCGGAUUCUACAAGUACAGGUGCAAGUACUUUUACACACACAACUGCACGAACUGGGUAUAUGUGAACAAUUCACCAUGUGCCAACUGUCUCGCUGAGGGCAGAGAUUCUAUUGAGGCCCCGCCCCAACAGCAAUUCAGGGACAUCAUAGUCCCCUACUAUGACGAUAACGGCAUGCGGCAAGAGUGCCUCAUGGAGUUCAUUGCCACGGAUCCCUUGGGCCUCUACUGGAGCCUCCGGUAUAAGGCCCCCGUGCAGGUCGGCCCGACUGUCACCAGCGACACUCCGAGGCCCGUCUACCCCUCGGCGUAG